AUGAUAAUCGUGACUGAAUGCUCCCAAUGGCAAGAGAUCCGCAAAACCUUAGCCCACAAAAGCAUAGGCCUGGUGCACACCAUGGGCAACCUGCACCCUGGUCAUAUUAGUCUGUGUCAACGCUCGCAAAAGGACAAUGAGGUGACAGUUGUGGCCAUAUUUGUGAAUCAGACACAAUUCAAUAACCCGGAUGACUACCGAUACUACCCGCGCACACUCGAACAGGACAAACAGCUACUACACCAACAAAAGGUGGACUACCUGUUCAUACCCACGUACGAGGACAUGUACCCGGAUAACUACCAGAUACAGGUGUUGGAGACCGGCGAGAUAGGGGCGCACCUGGAGGGUGAGCAUAGGCCCGGACACUUCACCGGUAUGUUGACCAUUGUGUUGAAGCACCUGAAUGUCAUACGACCCACACAUUCAUAUUAUGGGGAAAAGGAUUACCAGCAGUUGAUGUUGAUUGAGAAAAUGGCCAAGGCCCUAUUUCUACCGGUCACUAUAGUAGGCUGCCCUACCAUUAGGGCUGACAAUGGGUUAGCCCUGAGCUCUAGAAAUAAUCGGUUGUCUGAGGAAAGUCGUGUAAAAGCUGCUAAACUACCGGUUAUUUUAAGGGAUAGCCUGACAGUAGACGACGCCUUUGAGAGGUUAACUGAUUUGGGGUUUAAAGUGGAUUACGUGUGCGACCGGUGGGACAGGCGGUUAGCAGCCGUUUGGUUAGAUAAUGUCCGCCUUAUUGAUAAUAUAGCUCACGAUAAACUGGGUAAACGUGAGACUAGUGUGUACCAACCCUACGACUUGGGCCGGGAGUGCAAUGGUCAGGGAGAGUGUGUUUGUUCGCAAAUAACCGGCUAUUACGAGGACUCAACCAAUGGCCACAAGUGUGUAUGGGUUCCGAGUAACUGCUCGUAUUAUGAUUAUACCUGGAUAUUAGCGACUGGAGGUUCAGUGAUAGUCAUGCUAUUGCUGAUGAUAACAUGCCUGAUCUGCCGGUGCCGGGAACGGACCAAAUUGUUCAACAAGUUUGGAAAGGAAAAGGUGUUUCGCAUCGAUAAUCCCGUUCCCAUAGUUUUGAAUCCGGCCUACACUGGUAGGGAUAGUAUGGGUCCCGCCCCACCUUAUAGUCAGGGUGAUUACAAUUAUCACCAAGAUCAGUUUGAUGAGAUAUCGCUGGAUGAUACUGAGGUGGAGGUGCAUAACCCCCGUAACCACUUUAGACUAAUGAGUUCGGGUAAGAUCGAGACCAUUGGUGAGCAAUCAUGGUCUGUGGACAGGCGUAUGUCCACACCGGUCGCCCGCGAGCUACGUGUGCCUGAUUUGUGUGAUUUUGAGCACCGGUUGCCCCGAACCAGAAAAUUGGAGAAUUUAAACAUACAAUUAUAA